CACCUAAAAUGUUGCGUAUAUGGUGCAACCUUGUAUUGUUAUUUGGGAUUCCGAAUUUUGUCUUCUUAUGGUAAGUGUUUAAAAUGUCCUUGCAGUUAUACAGAUAUACGUUCAUUGGAAUCCACAUUAAAAGAAAUUCACAAGAAAUGCCCCAAUGUGACAAAAGUUUACUCAAUUGGGAAUUCAGUUUUAGGGAACCCGUUAUGGGUCCUCUCACUGGGCGAUAGGCCAAAUGAACAUGAGCCUGGUGAACCAGAAGUCAAACUAAUUGCCAAUAUUCAUGGUAAUGAACCUGUCGGGAAAGAACUGCUCCUUGGACUUGCUGCGUUUCUAUGUCGAGCUUAUGGAAAGGACGAGUUUAUUACACUGCUUCUGGAUAAUACACAAAUUCAUCUUCUACCAUCCAUGAACCCCGACGGUUUCGAAAUAUCUGCUGAAGGUAGGUUUUGUCAUUGUCGCAAAAAGCAAAAUAGUGUUGGUAGAAUACGUAUGAGGAAGCGACAGUUCGAUGGUAAGCUAGUGACUGAAGGUUACAUGUUA